AAAAAACACCAUAUCGCCCAGUAUGAUUCAGUUGUGUUGUGAAACUCUUGGGGUUUGUGUUGUGCCUACAAAUUUUAGUUCAACAUUUUUGUAUUUGUUUGAAGACGGUAAUACGCCGAAUGAAAUCAGCUGUGGCUUUUAAAAAUACCAAUAAAAUUAAAACCCCCCUCAAAAAUAUUCUACCAACUGUUAAUCUCCCUGCCUUACUCAGCGUUGCUGUUCUUCUCCUAAUCUCUGUAUCCCCAAGCGUUCAAAGGCGUUCCAAAAAUAUGGCCAACGUAGAAUUCUCUCAAAGUCUGGAGGUGUUUGGUGUUAAACUUUUCACUGAAGUCGCCAAAGCGAAUGCAAAGAAAAAUGUCGUUUUCUCCCCCUUCUCGAUUCAAACUUGCAUCGCCAUGGCUCGGAUGGGUGCUGCCGGUGAUACAGCCAUUGAAAUGGACAAAGGCAUGGGCUUGACAGUGCAAAACGAAGAAUCGUUAGCCAAUAAUUAUCACAAUAUUUUGACUCAAUAUGAGAACAGCAAUAUUCUGAAAAUUGCCAAUAAAAUCUAUGUCAUGAAAAACUAUGAAGUCAAGGAAAAAUUCAAUGAGCUGCUGACCAAGAAAUUCUUCUCCACUGUGGAUAGCAUUGAUUUCGGGCAAAAUGUACAGGCUGCCAAGACCAUUAAUACUUGGGUGGAGUCGAAAACCAAUAAUCUCAUAAAGGAUCUUGUCUCCCCCAAUGUACUCGAUGACGAUACACGUUUGGUGUUGGUGAAUGCCAUACACUUUAAGGGUGAGUGGGCCCAUCCUUUCCCCGAAUAUGGCACAAAGGAGAAAGAUUUCUAUUUGGAUGAAACGAACAGUGUAAAGGUCUCCAUGAUGCACAUUAGCGAACGUUUCCGCUAUGGAGAAUUCCCAGAGUUGGAUGCCAAGGCCUUGGAAAUGCCCUAUAAAAAUUCAGAUCUUUCAAUGUUGAUAAUCUUGCCCAACUCUCGUACUGGCCUGGUGGAUUUGGAGGAAAAAUUGAAAUCCGUAUCGCUACAUGAUUUGACCAGCAAGAUGAGUUCGUAUAAGGUGAACGUGGACAUGCCCAAAUUUAAGGCGGAAUUUGAAAUGGAAUUGAGCGAUGUUCUGAAGAGUUUGGGCAUGGCUCGCAUGUUCUCCUCAGCAGCUGAUUUCAGCAAUAUGCUGAAGUCUCCAGAAGGUUUGCAGGUCUCCAAGGUUAUUCACAAAGCCUUCAUUGAGGUCAAUGAGAAGGGUACCGAAGCUGCUGCUGCCACAGGCAUGUCGAUUCGCAAGAAACGCUGUAUAGUUGACUUUGACGAACCGAAAGAGUUCAGCGUUGACCACCCAUUUAUAUAUCAACUAUAUCAUAAAACAACUGUAACGUCCCCACCAUCCUCACCCACAUCAACUGACGAAGCAACAACAAUUUUACCAUUAUUCAUGGGUUCACAUCAAGUCGCGGUAGCCGAUGCGGUCACACCUCCGACCGCCGACUCAAGUACAAAUAGAAUUAGUGAUGAAUUAUAAAUCAAAAUAGCAACAACAACAAAAUGUUAUAGAUAUACAUAUUAAUUGUAUUUUUUUCUUUUUGGCGAAAUAUAAAAGAAAUGGCAACUAAAAAUGGUAUUAAUAUGAUGAUAUUAA